GACAAAUGACACAGACACAGAUACAGAUACAGAUACAAAUACAGAUACUGAUACUGAACACACAAUGGAGACACUAAUUCAAUGGCAAGAAGUGCAGCGCAGCAGAUAGAUAAUGCGAAAAUAAUAAUUAUAUUAUUAAAAAUAUACAACAAUAAAACUUGGACCUAGGUAUAUGAUUCUGAAUUUAAAUAAUUUUUAGUAAAGCAGAACAAACCAAAAACAAAACCAAAACCAAAUACAAAAACAAUACAGAAGAAACUCUAAACACUUGAAUGAAAAUUAAAAUGAAACACUUAUUAAAAAAUACAAAAAAUAAUACAAAAAUUGAUGAAUUAAGUAACGGUAAUAAUUGCUCAAUUUAGCAGAGAGUAUAAAUAAAGAAUUAUACGUUAAGUAAUAAUUUCAAAAUGCAAACACCCUUUUGAUUUUUGGCUAGCUGGCAGGCCAGCUGGCUGGCUGCCUAGCUGGGGGUGCGUGUGGUCCGAUAGUAAUCGAUAGUCAUCGAUAGGUGCGCAUCCAAUGCGCAUGUCCUCGACCUGGACUCGUGUCAGUUCCAUUGACAGCUUCUGCAGCUUCAAGUGUAUAUACCUGGGGAUAGACCUCACGACAAUUAGGACCUGCUGUAGUGGCAAAUGUAUCCAUAAUGAAAACCGAAAUUCAAUAAAAUGUUGUCCGCCCUGCGUCGGAAACUUCGGUUUGGAAUGCAGCGAACAGUUCUCAUUGCGGUCCUGCUGGCGGUGGGCCUAUUCAGCUAUGCCUUCCUCAACCUAAAAUUCUGCUUCAAGCUCAUGUCGCACAGGAGUCUCAAUCUCAUGUGUCAGAAGUUUGAGCAGCAGGAGUACAGUGGCUCGCUAUGCGAAGAGCUAUGCGGGGCACAGUCCACAUUCGACAACUUCCAGUGUCCGCUGAAUGACAUGAAGACCAUUCUGUUUACGGCCGAAAAGAAUGGUGAUAUGUAUGCGGUGAAGCUGGCCAGGCACAACGAUGACGAGUUGAGCUGGAAGAACACCAAGGGGGAGUCGAUUUACCCAAAGAUUGAGGAGUUCCAUGAGAUUGUCAAGCUACACAUUAUACUCGCUUACAAUGUCACCCUCGACGAUAACAUGAUACGCGCCUUGGUCAACCAGGAGAUUGCCGAUGACAACUCCCAGCAGAUGGUCAGCUUCUGGCGAUUGUUCAAGGAUAACAACUACAUGAUGGGGAAGCUUUUCGACGAGGAGUCUGUAUUCCCAGCAGUACUCGGGUCUUGCGGGCCCUACUAUGCCACCGAAGGACUGGAGAUAGUGCAAUCGAAUCCCAGCAUUAUGCAGUACUUAGCCUCUAAUCGGCAGCAGCGUCUGAAGCACGCUCUCAACAUUAUGGAGUACAUCUUCCGCAUGGACGAGAUGAAGCCAGAGCCCUUGAAAAUGUGCAAGAUGCAGGUGAAUCGAUUUGGCACCACGCCCGAGCGUCGCCUCAAGUACCAGAGCGCCGAGCACGUGUACGUCGAGAGUCAGCUGGACAAACGCCUGUCCCGCGGGGUGAAGUGCCAAAGCGACAAGGACUGCCACUUCCACUCCUGUCGCGGAAUGUGCAACGAGGAGCGACAUGCUUGCACCCACAUCCAGCAGAACAACAACUUCCAGAUUUUUUGUGAACACAUACUCCUGGGCGGCGGAACCUUUCAGCCUGGACUCUUGAGUGGUGUGCGGCUCACGCGACCCAUGCAGAAGGUGGUGAAAAUGUGCGUGCAGCCGCCCAAGGAGCACCAGGUGCCAGGCCGCCACCAGGCUCCAAAUAUGCAGCUCGCCGUGCGGCUCUACAAUGAUCUGAAGCAGCUGUACCAAGCGGCGGCGGCGGCUGCAGGAAACGAGGCUGGCGAGGACGGACCCGGACCGCGUCAGAUUGAGGAUCAACGCGGCGACUAACUGGAAUAGUAGAAAGUAGAUUAAUUGCGGAGCAGCUUUAGACGACAGCUUGCUCAAAACUGAUAGCAUUUUUUACAAGUAGUUUUAAUUAACAUAAUUAAUGACUAAAAAGCUAACUAAACCAGAUAUCAGAUGACUUAAGAAUACUUAA